AUGUCUUCCGAUACUCCCAAGGUCGUCCCGUUGACCUGUCAUGGACACUCACGUCCUGUGACGCAUCUCAGCUUUUCCUCCACGGUCGAGGAUGAUCAGUACUACUUAAUCUCGGCGUGCAAAGACAACAAUCCCAUGCUCCGGGAUGGCAUCACUGGCGACUGGAUUGGAACAUUUCUCGGCCACAAGGGCGCUGUCUGGCAAGCGCGUCUCUCAUCCGAUGCUACCAUCGCCGCCACUGCGGCAGCAGAUUUCUCCGCAAAAGUCUGGGAUACUUUUACAGGUGAAUGCCUGCACACGCUACAGCACGCACACAUUGUGCGGUCCGUGGCCUUCCCCAUGCAAGCCAACCCACAGGUGUUAGCCACGGGCGGCGCCGAGAAAAAGCUACGGAUCUUCGACCUCACGCGCAGCAGCACAGCAGGAAGCGGCGGCAGCAAUAGUAACGGAUCCUCGCCACCACCACCAGCACCGACUACAUCCUCAUCCUCAGGCACCGGUGAGGACCUAGCAAGCUUUGAGAUCGGGCCUGGCGUGCACGGCGGCACUAUCAAGUCCAUAAUCUGGAACCAGGACUACAACAUCGUAACAACUGCAGCGGAGGACCGCAAGGUGCGCUGGUGGGACCUGCGCUCGCGUCACCCCGUGCUAGAGUAUGCCGUUGAAGGCGCGAUUGGGAGCUGCGAGCUGAAUAAUCUCGCGGUGAGACCUAAUGACCCGGGGAUCCUGACUGUCGCUGCGGGGAAGAGUGUUUACCUGUUUGAUGGCGUGCAGCCGGGCCGGUUGUUAAAGAAGGCUGAUUUUGGGUAUGAGGUUGCCAGCGCUGCUGUUAAUAGCGAGAGCGGCCGCUUGGUUACUGGCAGUGCGAGCGAUACCUGGGCUCGAGUUUAUGACCUGCACACAGAUGAGGAGCUUGAGGUUCAAAAGGGCCACCACGGUCCCAUCUGGUCUGUCAGCUUCUCUCCCGAUGGCAAGAUCUACGGCACAGGCAGUGAAGAUGGCACCAUCAAACUGUGGAAGGCAUGCCGGGAGCCAUACGGCCUGUGGCGGUAG